UGCCGCUGACGUCCGGAGCAGUGCUGGGAAGUAUAGGCUGUGUUGUCACGCCGGUGUCAGUCUGAUGAAGAUUGGCAUCAGCAGGUGAAGUCUGGACCAGGACCCUAAGGCUUUCCAUCUUCCAUGCCGCUCACCAGAAAAGGGGCUGUGAACUGUGCUCGGGCUUCAGCUGACGGGAAGAUUUUCUGGCCCAGCUGGAAGUGAGAAGUGGGGAGUGAGUCCCCCAGGACCAUCCCAGAGGCCGCCAGGAUCACCCAAACAAUCCUCGAUGUGAAUCAAUCCCAUGAUGCAACAUGCCUCCCCAGCCCCAGCUCUGACGAUGAUGGCCACGCAGAAUGCCCCGCCCCCGCCCUACCAGGACAGCCCGCAGAUGACGGCCACCACCCAGCCACCCUCCAAGGCCCAGGCUGUCCACAUCUCCGCCCCCUCUGCUGCCGCCAGCACACCUGUGCCCAGCACCCCCAUUGACCCCCAGGCCCAGCUGGAGGCUGACAAGAGAGCUGUGUACAGGCACCCUCUUUUCCCGCUCCUGACGCUGCUGUUUGAGAAAUGUGAACAGGCCACCCAGGGCUCUGAGUGCAUCACCUCCGCCAGCUUUGACGUGGACAUCGAGAACUUUGUUCACCAGCAGGAACAAGAGCACAAACCCUUCUUCAGCGAUGACCCAGAACUGGACAAUCUGAUGGUGAAGGCAAUCCAGGUCCUGAGAAUCCACCUGCUGGAGUUGGAGAAAGUCAACGAACUCUGCAAGGACUUUUGUAACCGUUACAUCACCUGCCUCAAAACCAAGAUGCACAGUGAUAAUCUGCUCAGGAAUGACCUCGGGGGGCCCUACUCCCCCAACCAGCCCUCCAUAAACCUUCACUCGCAGGACCUCCUGCAGAAUUCCCCCAAUUCCAUGUCCGGAGUCUCCAAUAACCCCCAGGGGAUUGUGGUCCCAGCCUCAGCGCUCCAGCAGGGCAACAUCGCCAUGACAACGGUCAACUCACAAGUGGUGUCAGGUGGAGCCUUAUACCAGCCGGUUACCAUGGUAACCUCCCAGGGUCAGGUGGUCACCCAAGCAAUCCCCCAGGGAGCCAUCCAGAUCCAGAACACACAGGUUAACCUUGACCUCACCUCCCUCCUGGACAAUGAGGAUAAGAAGUCCAAGAACAAACGCGGAGUCUUGCCCAAGCAUGCCACCAAUAUAAUGCGCUCUUGGCUCUUCCAGCAUCUCAUGCACCCUUACCCCACAGAGGAUGAGAAGAGGCAAAUCGCAGCCCAGACCAACCUCACCCUCCUGCAAGUAAAUAACUGGUUCAUCAAUGCCCGGAGGCGCAUCCUGCAGCCCAUGCUUGAUGCCAGCAACCCAGACCCCGCCCCCAAAGCCAAGAAGAUCAAGUCGCAGCACCGGCCCACCCAAAGAUUCUGGCCCAACUCCAUUGCCGCGGGGGUGCUGCAGCAGCAGGGCGGUGCCCCAGGAACAAACCCUGACGGUUCCAUCAACUUGGACAACCUGCAGUCCCUGUCCUCAGACAAUGCCACCAUGGCCAUGCAGCAGGUGAUGAUGGCUGCACAUGACGACUCAUUGGAUGGAACGGAAGAGGAGGAUGAGGACGAGAUGGAAGAGGAGGAGGAGGAGGAGCUAGAGGAGGAGGCAGACGAGCUGCAAACCACGAAUGUCGGUGACCUGGGCUUGGAACACAGUGACUCCCUGGAGUAGCCGGGCAGCCCAGCUGGCACUGAUCACCGAGCAGGAGAGGAGUGUCGUCAGGAGGGCUUCAGGGUGGGGGGAAGGGGACAGAGGCAUGCAGCCCUGGAGGAGGUUGGGUCUUAGCCUCGCAGAAUCUAUAGCUUGAAGAAAUGCAGAGGAGAUUCCCUGCUCCUUCCUGACCACCAGGCUUCAACAAGAACCCCAGCCCCACUUCCCUGGAACUGCAGAGGACUCCAUUUGGCAGGGCCAGUCAAGCAGCCUGUAUGGAAAGAGAGGGGUGAGAUCUGUGGACGUGUGGCACCCAUGGCCCCCGACACUGAAGUUCGUAAACUGAACUGCCUUGUUUACGAGCCCUGCACUGUGAGGCAGGUCGGUGCUGUCUGCACAGUGAGCCUUUGCCACAGUUAGGAGGAGAGGAAGGGGUGAAGGGGAUCUGGGUUCCACCCUCAAUGGUUUUCAGCUCCUUUGAGAGACAUUCAAGAGCAGAAGCAUAAUCAAUGGCUGGAGGAGUGGGAUGGUCUGAAGGCAUCACAUCUGGCAGGUCAGAAGGGGAUCUGGAUUCCACAGGGUUUCAACUGAUUCCUCCAAGGUCCCUAUCACCGUGGACUUGGGAGAGAGGGAUGGGACCCACCAGAGCCUCCUCUCUCUCUCCUGGAAGCAAAUUACAAGCUGGUGAGCUCAGACUGUAGGAAGUGAAGAAGAGUCCUGUCACCUGGGUUGGCUCCAGGACCCAAGGAGAUGGUGGAGCCCAGGCCGAGAGUCAUAUCCAAAUGACUUCAAGGACCACAACUGUCCCUAGGUGGUCUCAGAACUCAGCUCCCGUAACAACAGGACAGUGGCAUCUUACCCUAGAUUUCCAGCCCUCAGAUGGAGCUCCUCAGAUGUUCCUCCACUGCAUUGACCUUCAGAGAGGGUGGAGCCAGGAUAACUUGGAAUCUUUCCACCCUUCAGGUCCCCCAAUGCUGUCCCUCUGCUCCCAGGCUGGCUCCAUCAGCCUCCAGCCUCCCUUCUUCAUUCUAUCUUUCAGAGAAGGCUGAAGAAACCUUGGAAAGAAGCAUCCAGCCCCAUGGGAAGCCAGGGGUUGGAGAAGGUGCUACAUCCUCCUUCCCAUCCAUAUCCCAAAUGUGGGGGAGGGUCCAGAGCUAUGGCAACCAAGAGCCUGCCAUCAUACCCCACCCCGCCCCACUCACUGCUGUGCACCCCCCACUCUACACACCAGGGGGGGAGCUGCGCCCCCAUGAGGAGGAGGCGCCCCACCCACCUGCCCUUGCACACAGCCUCCCACCCCAACUCCGGGCCCACAUGUCUGGCACUCCCUCCUCCCGUCUCCACCCACCUCACAUCUGUGAAUACAGGACUGAUCACACGUGUUUCCCAUUGGAUUUAAUUUAAUGGACUUGCCGUUUCAUCUGUAAAUCGUGCAUUGACCAUCUCCUUCAGCGGCCACCUGGCUUUACGUGAGGGGACCCUGGGGGUCCUCUGGGGCUUCCCCUCCCCCACCAGGUUGGGGCGGAGCAAAAGGAUGGUCACUUUCCUGAGGUCUCCCUGAAAUGAAUGUAUUUCUCUCCCAAAAGAGCUGAUAUUUAAUGUUUUAAUAGGGGUUUUUGAGAAACAAAUAACCUUAUUUAUAAUCGGGGUGAUCCAAUCAUUUUUUACUCCCUUUUGAUGCCAUAGGUAGAGGAAAGUCUAGCUCUUUUUGGCGUGAGACUUUUGCAAUGUGCAGUGGGAUAAAAUACAUUUCCUUUUCGGGUUCGUUUUUCUGGUUAAAGCGCACACACACACACACACACACACACACACACACACACACGGGCCCUUCCACUUACCCUUUUGGACAGGGAGCCCUGCCCAGCCCCGGCACACCUGCACAUGUGCCCACAGCCCCUCCUCCCAGCACCCUCCACCUGUCUAAUGUUAUGCAACCUCCUUCGGAUGUAUCCACCACACCAGGACUGAACGUGGCCGAGAAAUUUUCAGUAAAUCUUAUUA